AUGAGCUCGAUAUUCCGAGGCAAGCAAGCGCUUCCAGUCUCGCAACCCGAGGAGGGAUCAGGAGGCAUCCGGAGAAGACUAUCUUCUCUCAACUUCCAACAACACAAUAUCUCUACUUCAUGGGCAUUUCGCAGAUCCAAAUCUGUCUCUUCAAUGGAAGAAUAUGCCGGAAAUUCCAUUAGGAAAUGGUGGGAUUGGGGAUGGACCUGGAUCCUCUCCAGAAGACCCACUUUUGCCAAAGAUCUUGAGAUGAAUGAGCAAGAAACAACAGUCCUAGGUUGCCACAAUAAAGGCAGCUUGAGACACGUGUUCUACAAGGUCAGGUCUGAAUUCAGAAAGCUCAUCGGAUCCGACAACGUUGGCCUUCCUCAAACUUUUCUCUACGAUUCCUACAAUUACUCCAAGAAUUUCGAUAAUGGAAGCAGAUCAACAAUCCUUGCUCAUUGA